AUGGCAAGCAUUGCUUUUGCGUGUAAGGCUUUGUGUGUGUCUCUCUUGUUCAUCGUUGUUGCAAGUCGUCCCACCGGAAGACCAAAAGUUUUCAAUGUCCAACGCCAUGGUUCUAAACCGGACGGCAAAACGGAUAACGCCAAUGCAUUUACAAGUGUAUGGAGCCGUGCAUGCAGAAGGGAAAGUGGAAGAAGUAAAAUCUAUGUACCCAAGGGAACAUUCUACCUUGGUGGUGUAGAGUUCGUGGGUCCAUGCAAAAAUCCUAUUGAAUUCAUCAUCGAUGGUACUUUAUUGGCUCCUGCGAAUCCUAGCGACAUUAAGCAAGACACAUGGAUCAACUUUAGGUACAUCAACAAUCUCUCUAUCUCCGGUUCCGGUACACUUGACGGCCAAGGGAAACAAUCUUGGCCACUAAAUGACUGCCACAAAAACCCCAGUUGUCCUAAACUAGCUAUGGUAACAUUUCUUAACCUUUUUCAAUUAUUGCUUCAUUUUAAAAGAUAUAAUUAUUAUUUACAUUUAAAGCUAUCGAGUCUUUUAAUAUACUUGAAUUAUUUUCUUAAGACUAUGGGAUUUGCAUUCGUGAACAACUCAAAUAUCAAAGACAUAACAUCACUCAACAGCAAAAUGGGACACUUUAACUUCUUCUCCGUCCAUCACUUUAACAUUACUGGCGUCACUAUAGCAGCUCCCGGCGAUAGUCCCAACACCGACGGUAUCAAGAUGGGUUCAUGUAGUAACAUUCACAUCUCCAACACAAACAUUGGUACCGGAGACGAUUGUAUCGCCAUUCUCUCUGGAACCACUAACCUCGAUAUCUCUAACGUUAAGUGUGGUCCCGGACAUGGGAUUAGUGUCGGAAGCUUAGGGAAGAACAAAGACGAGAAAGACGUGAAGGACUUAACGGUAAGAGACAUCGUGUUCAACGGCACAAGCGAUGGUAUUCGGAUCAAGACUUGGGAAUCUUCAGCAUCGAAGAUCCUCGUUUCGAACUUCGUAUACGAGAAUAUUCAGAUGAUUGACGUUGGAAAGCCAAUCAACAUCGAUCAGAAAUAUUGUCCUCACCCACCUUGUGAACAUGAGAAAAAGGGAGAGUCUCACGUUCAAAUCCAAGACCUUAAGUUAAAGAACAUAUAUGGAACGUCGAAGAACAAAGUGGCAGUGAAUCUGCAAUGUAGCAAAAGCUUUCCGUGCAAGAAUGUGGAGCUAAUUGACAUUAACAUAAAGCAUAAUGGACUCGAAGCUGGUUCUUCCACUGCUGUGUGCGAGAAUGUUGACGGUUCUGUACGCGGUAAAAUGGUUCCCCAACAUUGUUUGAAUUGA